GGCAGAGGAUGAAAGGCCGGACGGCAGUAGUGAGAGUCGCCAGUGGGUGGCGGCCCAGCAAUGCGCACCCGGGCGGGGGAUCCCAGCGGCCCCGCCCCCGGCCCCGCCGGCCCCUGCUCCCCAGCACCCAGAGGCGCCCCACGGUGCCCCGCCCUCGUCAGGCCCAGUCCCGCCCCCGGCCGGUUAAGAGCCCCCGGGAGCCUGGUGCUUGGGACAGACAGACGCAGGUCAGUGGGGGUGGGGGGGCGAGCUGGUUUGGUUGUCAUGGCAACGGCGCGGCUGGCCGGGGCCCUGCGGGUGGCGGCGGCUGGCCGGAGGCUGCGCGCACCCCGGGGCGCGGCUGACACGCGGAGGCUGAGCGGCAGCGCGGGGCGGCGGGCGUCCGGGGGCGCCAGCCCGGGGCGCCGGCUCAGCACCGCUUGGGCGCCAGCCCAGCCCGCGCGCGAGGAGGCCGAGGGCGCCGACGAAGAUGCCCACUCGCCCGCCGCCCGGGAGCCGCGGUGGACGCCGCCCCCCGCGCCCCCGGGGUCCCCCGAGUCUCCGGGGCCCCCGGCCGGCCGCUCUCUGGUGCAGCGGGACAUCCAGGCCUUCCUGAACCAGUGCGGGGCCAGCCCCGGGGAGGCGCGUCACUGGCUCUCGGAGUUCCAGACCAGCCACCACUCUUCGGACAAGCCCUUCGCCGUCAUCGAGGUGGACGAGGAGGUACUCAAGUGCUAUCAGGCGGUGUCCAGCCUGGCUUUUGCGCUGGCCUUCCUGCAGCGCAUGGACAUGAAGCCGCUGGUGGUGCUGGGGCUGCCUGCCCCCACCGCGCCCUCGGGCUGUCUUUCCUUCUGGGAGGCCAAGGCACAGCUGGCACAGAACUGCAAGGUGCUGGUGGACGCGCUGCGGCACAAUGCAGCCACUGCUGUGCCCUUCUUUGGUGGCGGGUCGGUGCUGAGUGCCGCUGAGCCCGCCCCCCAUGCUAGCUAUGGUGGCAUCGUCUCAGUAGAGACUGACCUGCUGCAGUGGUGCCUGGAGUCAGGCAGCAUCCCCAUCCUGUGUCCCAUCGGGGAGACAGCUGCACGCCGCUCAGUGCUCCUGGACUCACUGGAAGUGACCGCGUCACUGGCCAAGGCACUGCAACCCACGAAAAUCAUCUUCCUCAAUGUCACAGGCGGCCUGCGCGACAGCAGUCACACGAUCCUGAGUAAAGUGAACCUUCCGGGUGACUUGGACCUGGUGACCAAUGCUGAGUGGAUGAGCACCAAAGAGCGGCAGCAGAUGCGGCUCAUUGUGGACGUCCUCAGCCGCCUGCCCCACCACUCCUCAGCCGUCAUCACUGCGGCCAGCACACUGCUCACUGAGCUCUUCAGCAACAAGGGCUCUGGAACCCUGUUCAAGAAUGCAGAGCGGACACUGCGAGUGCGCAGCCUGGACAGCCUGAACCAGGAGCGCCUGGUGACCCUGAUCAACACCAGCUUCGGCAAGAAGCUCCGGAACGACUACCUGACCUCACUGCGCCCACGGCUGCACUCAAUAUACUUCUCUGAAGGGUACAACGCAGCUGCGAUUCUGACCAUGGAGCCCGUACUGGGGGGCACCCCUUACCUGGACAAGUUUGUGGUGAGCUCCAGCCGCCAAGGCCAAGGCUCAGGUCAGAUGCUAUGGGAGUGCCUUCGCCGGGACCUGCAGACACUUUUCUGGCGCUCCAGGGUUACCAAUCCCAUCAAUCCCUGGUACUUCAAGCACAGUGAUGGAAGCUUCUCCAACAAGCAGUGGAUCUUCUUCUGGUUUGGCCUGGCCGAUAUCCGGGACUCCUAUGAGCUGGUGAACCAUGCCAAGGGACUGCCAGACUCCUUCUGCAAGCCAGCAUCUGACCCAGGGAGCUGACCUUCACUACCAGCCUUGUAGGCCCUGGGACAGCCAGGAUGGACCAAAAGCCAUGCCUGUUGGAGGUGACCUCAAGCAGCUGAACCAGACUGAGUGAUCUGCAGAGAAGGAAGUCGCCUUCUCCUACUCUGUCCAAAGGCAGGCACCUGAAUGGGAAAACACAGGAAAGAGGCCCACCCAAGAUAGCUACUUGCUCCAAGCCACAACUAAUAAUCUUCAGUUUUCAGUCUAGGGAUUUGGGAGGAAGGCUCGCUUCCAAGGGUUCUACUCAGAACUAACCUUAAGGGUGGGCCAGGUUCUGUGGCCUCUGUGAUAUAUAUAUUCCCUUGUCAUCUGCUUGACUACUCAUUUUAAUUCUUAUGGGACUUGCAACUUUUCAGGAGGCCUUAAUUAAAAUGCAAACACUUGCCUGAGA